UCUCACACUUCAGUUCGGUUGUGUCCGAGGUCCAUCCGAGAGAAAAGCGUUAGAUCCCAAUUAACGAAAUGGGAGGUAGCGAAGUAGCUUCUUGUAGUUCGAGUUUGUGGUUUGCUCCCAAUCCAAGCAAGAGAUGGGGCGAAUUAUUUUUUCUUAUCUACACACCAUUUUGGCUCACUCUUUGCCUUGGAAUUGUCGUUCCAUACAAGCUCUACGAGAGCUUUACGGAAUUGGAGUAUCUGCUUUUGGGACUGGUUUCAGCGGUUCCUUCUUUCUUGAUACCAAUGCUAGUUGUUGGAAAGGAUGAUAGCAGCAUCUGUUGGAAAGAUCGGUACUGGGUUAAGGCCAGUCUCUGGAUAGUAAUUUUCAGCUAUGUUGGAAACUACUUUUGGACUCACUAUUUCUUCACAGUCUUGGGAGCUUCCUAUACUUUCCCAUCAUGGAAGAUGAAUAAUGUACCACACACAACUUUCCUUCUCGCACAUGUUUGCUUCCUAUUUUACCAUGUUACAUCAAACAUAACACUUCGUAGGCUACAACAUUCUAUUGCUGACUUGCCAGAGAAUAUUCAAUGGGUUAUCAAGGCUGUAUGGAUCCUAGCUCUGGCUUAUUUUAUAGCUUACCUGGAGACCGUAUCAAUUGCAAAUUUCCCUUAUUAUGACUUUGUCGAUCGGGCAUCCAUGUACAAAGUUGGCUCCUUGUUUUAUGCUAUUUAUUUUAUUGUAAGCUUCCCAAUGUUUUUGAGGAUUGAUGAGAAACCCGGUGAUCUGUGGGACUUGCCCAGAGUAGCCAUUGAUGCUUUGGGAGCUGCAAUGCUAGUCACAAUAAUACUCGACUUGUGGCGCAUCUUUCUGGGUCCCAUAGUUCCUGUUUCAAAUACACAACAAUGCCUCCAACCAGGACUGCCAUGGUUUCCAGGACAUGCCAGUGAAGUUUGAACCGAUGUGUGAGGAACAAGGAGGUCGCAGAACAAGGACAUCCAUAAGCUUAUUGAAUGUGAUAGAAACUAAUGUCUGGGUAUCUUUUGUUCAUGAUGUAAUCGUAGUUGUGUUAAAUUUAGUCAUUGUUGUAUUCGUCCAUCUUCGAGGCAUCCCAUUGAAAAUCAAAGAAGACAAUGAAUACAUUUCUCCUCCGGUUCUGCUAAUGAUUUCACCUAUCUAUGGCUCUGUUGCCAUUGAUGAUUCCCAGCUAUAGGCUGCUGCUGCAUUUCUUUUUACGCAAGACGGAUAGUUCUUUAUAUGUUUGAUUACCUUUUAUUCAUAUUGUUCUUCUUCGAUCCCAAUGUCGAGAAUGUUGGCCAUUUUUUGCUGCUCUGGAGCGUAAAUGACAGAUGGAAGAUGAAGACGAUAUGGAAUUUUUUGGUUUUGUAUUGUGGACAUUGACGUUGACAAUGUAAAUCUACAGUAUUUGCAGUUUGAUA